AUAAUUUUAAACUGUCAUAUAAAAUAAUUUGGGGUUAUACUGGUUCGAGAUAGCUAUUUAAUAACAAUUAUUUAUAUAUAGUAGAGCCUAAAUAAUUUAAGGAAUAAAGAAUAAAAUGUCCACACGAUGGUAUCCCAUAUAUCAAAAGGGAAAUCCUCAACUUCGAGUGUUUUUACCGAACUUUUGGAUGAAGUUGGUCCGCCCUUAUGAUAAACAACAGCCAAACAUAGUUCAUUUUCAUUGUUCAAUGGAAAUGACAAAAUAUGACAUAAAAAACUAUCUUGAAAAAAUCUACAAUGUGCCAGUGGUUCAUGUAAGAACAAAGAUAGCUUUGGGGAAAUUUAAAAAAGAAAUAGUUAAAGGGUACAUUACCAAAGAUGAAGAUGUUAAAGUUGCCUAUGUUACAUUGCCAAAAACACAUAAGUUUGAAUUUCCGGACAUAUUUGAAAAGAAGACGGGCAGCGAAGACGAUGCGAAAGCAUUAGAAGAAACAAAGAAAUCAUUCAAAAAAUUCCUUGAAAAGAACAAAGACAGAACCGAUGUUCCAAGCUGGUUUUCAAUUUGAAUCAUCGUAGUUGUACAGAGAAAUAGUUUAAUUAGUCAUUAAAUAAAGAAUACACAUCAGAUUA